AUGAACUCCUUGAACAUCCUCUCGUCACGAGUCAUCGGCCAGUCGAUACCCGGCGCUACAAGACCACGCUCCCGAUCGCAAGGCGAGAUCUUUGGCUCCAGCCAAACGGAAGAUUACUCACGAGGCCGAUCACUCAGCGCGCAGGGCGUGGACGGGGUGAAGAGCUUACUGGGAUUUGCCGAUGGAGCAAAUACCAGUUCCGAGGAGCCAGACCGGGAUGACAAGGAAGAUCAUGUGAAGUCCUUGAGCGAAAAGACUCCAUUGUUGGAAAAGCCAUCCAAGCCUGACGUCUCCUUCUACAAGAGUAGGCUACAGAGCCUGGUGAAGAAGAUCGCCGCUGCACUGACGGCGCUGCUGACGACAAUCGGAGCUCCUGUGGUUUAUGCAGUCAGUUGCUUCAAGGAUGAAGGCGGACGCUAUUCUCCCUUUCUUCCAUUGAAGAGCGUCCGUCCUUUGUUCGGCGGCCGAAAGGCCACGACUUCGACCGCCACAGCUGUCGGGCUGUCAAACUUCAAGGCAAAAGUCAGCGAAGCCAAAACAAUCACGGGCAAGCGCAGCACAUAUACCGCAAAGCUGCGAAGCUCAGCAUCCAACGAAUCGUUGACGUCGAAUACUUCAGAGUCAGAAGCAGAAAAGAAGAAGACACGACCCCGGAGCUCGGAGAUCAGACACCCCAAGUCCAAGCAUGACGAUAAUGUACCCGCCAGACGAUCCAUACGCAUCCAGGAGUCCAAAACGGAAUCAUUUGAUAACCGCAAACAAAGGCGAAAAUCCAUCAUCAACGAAGAGCCAUUGACGCUUGACACGAUCAAAUCACCACUGUCGGCAUCACAGUCUCUCAAGAUCCACAAAUAUCCCCACGCCCCAGCACCUCCCCGCCCUCUAAUCCCCCGCCGCCAGCCCUCCUAUUCUAAUAUAAUCCCCCGAGCCCUCAACACCCGCUACCCCCGCUACCAAAAGACCCUGAUUCUCGAUCUCGACGAAACCCUAAUCCACUCCCUCGCCAAAGGCGGCCGCAUGUCCUCUGGCCACAUGGUCGAAGUCAAACUCAACGCGCCGAUCGGCCUGACCUCCUCCCCCAACACGCCCAUCAUCGGCCCGCAACACCCGAUCCUCUACUAUGUGCACAAACGGCCGCACUGCGACGAGUUCCUGCGUAAGGUCUGCCAGUGGUACAAGCUCGUCGUGUUCACCGCCAGCGUGCAGGAGUACGCUGAUCCGGUAGUGGAUUGGCUGGAGCAGGAGAGGAAGUUUUUCCAGGGCCGGUACUACCGACAGCAUUGUACGUUUCGGAAUGGGGCGUAUAUCAAGGAUUUGAGCAGUAUUGAACCGGACCUGAGCCGCGUGGCGAUUCUGGAUAAUAGUCCUAUGAGCUAUAUUUUUCAUGAAGGUACGUCCACGAUCGAUAUUGAUGAAUUGGGCGGGCUGAUAGACUAUGGCUGUGGCAUGGAGUCUGACACCGGAAACGCAGAUAAUGCCAUUCCAAUCGAAGGCUGGAUUAAUGAUCCCACGGAUAAUGAUCUCCUGCAUCUCAUCCCGUUGCUGGAGGCGCUGCAGUAUGUCACCGAUGUGCGGGCUUUGCUGGCGCUGAGAAGAGGCGAGGCGGAGGUACGGGGCGGAUCCUGA